AUGAGCAAUUUCGAAAAGAAGAAAACAUUACAAGAACGAAACAUUAUUACAAUAUCAAAACUAGAUCAAGUUUUCAAAAAAUUUAAUAAUGCUAAUGAAAUCUUUAAAAAAGCUGAAAAUGAAUACAUUAAAAGCCUAAACGAAACAUUUAAGGUUGCAUGCGCAUCAGAUGAUUAUGAAUCAGCCUUCAAGCUUCUUCAAUUAAUUCAGAACAAAGGCAAUAAUUUUACUAAAAGUCAAGUCAAAAAUAAAAUGGGAAUGCGCUUACUUGGUGGUUUCGGUUGUCAACAAGAUAUUGAACAGGCUCGAAAAUUAAUUACAGAAGCUUCAAAUCUUGGUCUGACUAGUGCAAGUGCUUGGAUAAGUCUAUAUGGGUCCAAACUUGAUUUUGGUGCAAGCGAAGUUAUUGGUCGUAAUAUGAUAUAA